UCACCAUGUACCCCCAGUCGUCCCUCGUUCCCCCAGUCUCCUCGGCUGGGCCGCAGGGAAAGAGCGCGCCCUCGGAGGACGGCGAUGAGCGCAAGUCGCGUACUCUCAUCCUCUGCUUCGACGGUACGGCGAGCCAGUACGACGGAGAUAAUACGAACGUCGUCAAGCUGUACUCCCUCUUGCAAAAGGACGACGACAAUGACCAGCAGCUGUGCUACUAUCAGCCCGGCGUAGGAACCUACUUCAAUCCCGGAAUGGUCUCUCCACUCUUCCAAUGGGGCGCCAAGAUCCUCGACGAGGCCUUCGCAUGGUAUCUCGACGCGCACGUUCGUGGCGGAUAUCAGUUUCUUAUGCAGAACUACGCCGCCGGCGACCGGAUAUGCCUCUUUGGCUUCUCGAGAGGCGCAUACACCGCCAGGGCUCUUGCAGGGAUGCUUCAUAAGAUUGGAUUGCUUCCGAGAGACAAUAUGGAGCAAAUUCCCUUUGCGUACAAAUUGUACACGAAGACGGACAAGGACAGCCUUGCUCUAGCCGCUGGAUUCAAGCAGACCUUUUGUCGGACGGUCGAGAUCGAAUUCGUGGGCGUUUGGGACACUGUUGCCAGCGUCGGAGUGCUGAUGUCCCGCACCUUACCGUUCACCACAGCAAACGCUACCAUCAAGAAGUUCAGGCAUGCGCUCGCCCUCGACGAGCAUCGAGUAAAGUUCUUGCCCAACUUCUAUCACCGCGACACCACGGCCCAGAAGGCAACUGUGUCUUCCAAGCAGCCGGGCUCUGCUGCGCCCGAAGGGUCGAGUGCUAAGUCGCCUUCCCACGGGCUCUUCGGAAAGUCGCGUAGAUCUGCCGCGCAAGUACAGAAGAACAAGAUGCAGCAGAACAAAAAUAGCACUAAGCUUCGCGAAGGACAGUCUCCCACAGACUCCACCAGCUCGGAUGUGGUGGCGGAAGCACUUGGCGACGGCAUCCCAGGGGGCACGGAUGUUUUGGAGGUCUGGUUCUCUGGAUGCCACACUGACGUUGGUGGUGGCUCGGUAGCCGACGAUGUCACGGUCAGCCUUUCUGACAUCACACUCCGCUGGAUGGUGCGCGAGGUUGUGCAGGCGCAGUGCGGUAUCGCCUUUGACGAGGCUGCACUCGUCCGCGCUAACAUUCCAGAGUCCAUUUUCCGCGGCGUAGGAUUCCCCCUCCCGUCGCAAACCAUCAUCUCGCACACCCCGCGGCGCCACAAACCCACCGUGCCAGAAGAGGAGGGCACGUCUGCGUCCUCUGCCGAGGACAGCGACUUGUCCGACCCGCCGUUGAAGAUUCAAGCUCCUUCUGCUCCAUCCGACCAGACAGGGAGCGAUUCGCUAGAUGCGAAGGCAGACGCGAUUCAGCCGACGCAUGACGCGUUCAAAUCCUCGCCGGCUUGGUGGCUUCUCGAAAUUGUCCCGAUCUCGUACCCGUGGCAGCAGGCAUCGGGCAAGUGGAAGAACAUCUGGUGGUUCCAUCUCGGCAGGGGACGACAGGUUCCAGUUGAUGCGCCACUCAAGAUACACGAGACGGUGCGGGAACGCAUGCAGGAUCCCAGUCUCAAGUAUACCCCGCGCGCGAAGUGGACCGCCGGCACGGAGACGUGGGUCUCUUGAAGCACACCUCGGUUGAUACCUUUUGCAUUACAUUUAUCAUACGCGAUUCUCGUUUCUACGCAUACCCGUUACCAUACCACGCACAGCUCCAACUUCCACAUCCACGGCCCCGAUACCACGCUGUGCUCGGCUCCAUUCAUUGCCUUCACUCGUCCGUCGAUGGGCGUUUCGGACAUAUCUAUCCACCCAUACUCUACGACACCCAGUUUACGAAACAUCUACGACCGUACACGACCAAUUGUAUCCUAUUCGUUAUGCAAUAUUCUUC